AUGGAAUUGAGUGAUUCUGAUUAUGAAAAUAAUCCUGAGGAUAUAAAAUAUCAGCGGUUUCCAAGAAAUCGCAGACCUACACAGCAGAUUCCAGCAAUGUCCCAUAUGAAUCCACAUCAGCCACCAAACAAUGGACUAGGAACACAAUUACAAAACACGAGUGUUUCUUUCGACUUAAACACGGGUGCUGGAGGAGGUUUUCCUCAGUUUUCAAGUUCCGACAAUGGUACAAUGAAUGAAAUGUUCCCAGCGCCAGAUUCAGCUUCUAGUAACAAAAAUCCAGUGUUCCCAGAGGGCUUGAGUAACAUAUCAAACACAAGUAGAAGUAACAACGAGGAACCGGACCAAAAGUAUGAAAUGGAGGACCCUAACAGAGUGGAGGAAGGCACAAUGGACAUGUUCAGAUACGAGCCGGAGUCAAUGAUGGACAGUAAGAAGGAGUCGCUGACAGACUCGAAGCUGAUGCAGCCGCGGAGAAUGGGUCCAAUGUUCCCAUUCACACAACAAGUGCCGAAGGAAGGAGCAGGGAAAGAUUUCUCAAAAGGGAAGGACUCGUCCAGAGAUUUGGGGAAAAAGGAAGCGAAGCAUAAACACACACAACAGAGAAGACAAUCGGAGUCACAAGAAACAUUUAAAGGAAUAACAGCGUCAGUGGAACUGAGAGAGAUAUGCCAACUAGAGUCGUGGAAAGAGUUAGUGCAAAGAAACAAAGUGAUGUACAAACAAGGAGAUGUGUCAAUAGAAGACAGCAUAGAGAUGGAAGAAGAGGAGGAAGAAGAAGGAGAAAACGAGGAACAUGAAAAGUCGGAGCCAGAAGUACAAGACGCGGACAAGAAGAAGCACAUAAGGAACCCGGAAACGUCAUGGGCAGUUAACAGGUUCAGAGACAUAAAGGAAACGGAGGGCCUAUCAAUGGAAAUAAGACUGUUCACAGAAGAGGACCUGAAGAACAAGGACAUGAAGGAUUUGAAAAGGGCACUGAAGACGUUGGCGAAGCAGGAGACGAAGGUGUACCCAUACCAGACUAUCGACUAUCCAACACAAAUAUCAAAACCAUCAACCACGAAAGAUUAUUUAUGGUAUUCCGACACAUCAGCAGAAUCAGAUAAAGAGGAAGGAUUAAAUACAGGAGUAAACGGUGAAGUGAUCACGAAGAACUUGGAAAAGGUGUUGGAGUUGAAUGAUGAGCCUCAGCAUAUGACGAAUGUAGAAACGGAGUUUGAUGCAGAUUUGUAUAACACAGCAACACAAAUGUCAUUGGCAUCAGCACUGGAUGCAACGAGAAGAGAAGAAGAUAGAUAUAAAAUGUUCGGAGAGUUGGAGGAGUUAAAUAGAGAAUUUGACCUUAACGACUACAGAUACGAGUGGUACAAGUACAGAAGUGGGUUGGAAGAGAAGCUGACAAUAUCGCAUUUCAUAGAGUUCGACCAGAUUAUGAAGAAGAAGUUUAAAAUCAAAGUGAGUAGUUGGAAAGAAGAUGAAAAGGAGGAGGAAAACGUAGGACAGGUGCAAAAGUUAUACGCAGUAGCAGAAACGAAUAUGAAGCUGCUGAUGCACUAUGAUCACCCAGAAGUGUCAAACAUAGUUAACAGCCAAAUCUAUGACCUGAACACGUCGAAAGUACUGUACACCUUCGGAAACGAGGAGGAGCAAAAGACGCAAAAGGAUGACCUGGUGGCACUGCUGGAAGAAGCAACAGGAGUUAAUAGUACGGUAACCGCAGCAGGAACGAGUAGAGAAACGGGAGGACCGGCGAAGGAAAGUAAGGAUAAGGAGCAGAAGGAAGUGAAGGAAGGAAAGGAAGUGGUGAAGGAGCUGGAAAAGGAGUUGGAAAAGGAACUGGGAAAAGAAGAAGAAGCACUCUUGACAGGGAAGGAAAGUGACGUGAGAAGGCAGUGGAGAAAGAGACUGCAAGGAAUAGAUAAGCAGAAGAGGCUGAAGCUGGUUAACCAGGGAGUUAGUCUGAGUUGUCUGGACAACGAGACUGCGCUGGAGUCGUCGAGAAACUACGACUUCGUAUACGAGUUCGACGAAGUGGCGGCGAUGUUUAGGACCUCGGAUUACCUGGGGAUACUGAACCACUCGUUCGACGCACACUACGCAGCCUCGAACCCGCACGACGUGGGACAGGACGACGAAGUGCUCAACAAGAGGGACCUGAUACACACGAGAGUGGCGAGAAACAUAGUGGGAAUACUGCCGCUCGUGGGAAAGAACGCGAAGAUACAGCUGGCAAGGUUCCAUAGGAUGGACUUCAGAACAGGAAUGUUUAAAAUGAGCGUAAUUUACUACACGCACGACAUCGAAAGAGAGCUGAGGAAAAGGAAGUACACGGACAAGAGUGAGUCGAAGAAGGAACAGGAGCCGGAGGGAGAGAGCGUCAGGCAGGUGUCGGCAGGGACGAACACAUCGAGUUACCAGGGAGCAGAAUCACUGUUGACGCAGACUACGCAGUCGAUAGGCAGUGGUCUAUCGCAGAAUACACAAUCCAUGAGCGCAGUCUCAUUACAAAACACACUGUCGAUUGGCACUGGUCCAUCACAAAACACACAAUCCAUGAGCGCAGUCUCAUUACAAAACACACAGUCGCCCACCACUAACACGGUCCCACACACAGAAGACGGUGAAGGAGAGAAGGUUGGAAUGGAGGAAUACGGAAACGUGGAUGGUAGAGGCCAAGCAAGUAGGAGGGAAGAGGAACUAAAAGCAGAGGAAACGAAGGAAGGUGCACCCGAGAGAAAGGAGGCAGGCGCUAACGGAUAUCAACCGACAGAAAUGGGAGCAUUAAACAGAGUAAAUCAGACGGCAGGGAUCAGUGACGUUAAACAAUACGGGGCUCUGGAGGGAGCGCACAAAAAGGGGAAAUCAUAUACGCCGCCGAACUACUGGGAAGAAGAGCUUGAGAAGGAGGGAGCAGGAGUGGAAUGGGAAGUGUACACAGUGGAAAGGUCAGUGAUCAACAUGAACUUCAGAGAAGACGACAUAGUGGAGGGAGUGCAGAACCACUGCAGCAACUACUUCGUCAACUCGGAAGACCUGAGUCUGGCGGACGACACGAAGCUGGUGCUGCUCGAGUACGUCGAAAAGUACCCGCUGCUCAUGAAUAACCUGGGGAUGACGUCGCGAGUGGACACGUACAUUAACACGAACGCAGGAGAGGGCAUUUUCAAGCAGAGCCACAAGAAGGGGGUGCUCGGCAACGUGACCUACGCACAGGAGUACGAGCUGUUCGGAGUGCAGCACCGCCUGAAAAACAACGAGACGCAGAGCAUCCUGGAAAACACGCUGUUUAGGGCGCCCAUUUUCUACAGGACGUCGAACCCGAGGCACUACAGGCAGCCGGAGGCGCGCUUCGGGGACCGCGCGAGCGAGGAGUACGGCGCGGCCACGAGCAGCGGGUACAGCAGCAUAAACUGGGACAGAGGCCUCGUGGACGGCGAUUUCGCGCACCCCUACGACGAGACUGGCGCCGAAGCGCCCUCUGAGGAAAGCAGUGCCAGAAACACACACGAGGCUGGGACUGCAGAUGACACACAUGGGGAAGAUGGCGGUGCUGGCAACAGCGUCAACACUCGGGGCGAUAAUAGCACUAUAAGCAACACAAACUCUGCUGGUAGCAAUAACAACACAAACUCUGCUGGUAGCAAUAACAACACAAACUCUGCUAGUAGCAAUAACAACACAAACUCUGCUAGUAGCAAUAACAACACAAACUCUGCUAGUAGCAAUAACAACACAAACUCUGCUAGUAGCAAUAACAACACAAACUCUGCUAGUAGCAAUAACAAUGAUGAAAAGGGAGAAAACGAGGAACCGGAGAAGGAAAUAACGAGUGAAAAGACGACGAUGUAUGACUUCUUGCUGGUGAGAACAAAAUUGACGUCAGUGGGAGCAGAAUAUAAGAACGGGAGUGUUAACGGAAUGAGUACGAAGGCAAAUAGUAGCGUAGUAUUGAACGAAGGGAAGGAAAUCAUGAGGAUAAGGUCGUUGGACGAUAACCUGGUGCUGGGAGUAGUGGGACAGUGUGAGCCGAAGGUACUAAUACAUAACCCGAAGAGUAAAAGUUACACCGACGACAAUAAGCUGCUGCUGAAAGCAUGGGUGAUCAAGAUGGCAAUGAUGUACCCAGGAUUGGACGUGAAGAAGCUGAAGAAGCUGGCGAGGAAGAAGUUCUACCCGCUGCUGCCGGACAAGGAGAUAACAGCAGUGCUGAAGCAAAUAGAAGCGACGGCAGUGUUCAGCACGAGGCCACAGGCACUGGAAAACACACUGCAGUCGACAAUAAAGCCGGAAGUAAUAUGUUCGCUGGAAAGCACAAGAGCACAGAGGUUCAGGCUAAAGUCGCGAGGAAUCACGCACCUGAAGAGCCACGACGGAAUAGCCUCAGUGUCCUCAAUACUGUCGCAGCAGGAAGUGCACUUCGCAAGCUCAAUAGCACAGGCGACGAAGAAGCUGAAUGAGCUUAAAAAGAGGUACUACACGAGAAUGGCGACACUGAACGUGGACGAGGAGAUCAUCAAGGAAAAAAUAAGGUACUUUAACCUGCCGAUAAAAGAAUACACACUGUACGGACACCCGCCGCUGACGAGCACAGAAAUGGAGGAAGAAGGGCAGAAGGUAGAGUCAGGGAAAACAGAUGAGAUAAAUAGGGACUAUAAAGCUGUAGAAGGCAACGAUGCGCAUAGUAACUGUGAAGCCAAGGAAGCAUAUAAGUCAGAUUUUGACGGAAUGGAAGGAGUAAAUGGGAGUGGCGGUAACAUAGGCACUCUGGAAACGAUUAACCUGGAUGACAUUGAGGACGGCCAAUAUCUAGAUAACAGCACGGACGGCCAUUACAUAAACAACAACAAUGACGGCCAAUACCUAGAUAACAACAAUGACGGGCAAUACCUAGAUAACAACAAUGACGGCCAAUACCUAGAUAACAGCAACGACGGCCAAUACCGGGAUAUAGUAGGUGAAGUGACACAGCAGAGCGGCACAGGUGGAGUUAGCUAUCGUAACGUCAAUGACACAGAGCAAAAGGGUGAGGACGGCAUUGACUCCACAAGGGAGAGGGGAUCAAUAAAACGCACAGGAGAUGAAAGAAACGAGUCGAAAGUCAAUUCGGAAUAUAAGAACUCGGAGUCAGUGAAGAAAGAAAGGGAGCAUGAGAGGAGCGCGAAGAGAAGAAAGUUGAAAACGAAGGAGCGUAGUAGAAACAGAGGAAACAUUAGUUCGAAAGUGGAGUACAUAGAAAAGGAGCUUAAGCUGUCUAAUUGGAACAUAACGCACGACGUUAAAAUGGUGCUCAAGGGAAACGGACAGUUCUCGUUGCACGGACUGGGAGACCCGUCUAACUCAGGCUUGGCACUGAGUCUGAUCAAGAGACAAGUAAACACAGGAGGAAGCGCGUCGACGACAGGAAACGUGUACAACAUGAGCCUGGUGGGACAAAGCAACGAGGACCUGAGGAAGCUGAGCAUGGACGAGCUGUCGAAGAGACUGCAGCUCUACGGAGUGAGCGAGGCGAUCAUAAAGACGCUGCCGAGGUGGGACCAGGUGGCGCUGGUGAGGCAGUACAGAGACGGAUACGGAGCAGCGAAAAACGUAGAUGACCCGCUCAACAAGUUCAGAAUACCGCCGCAGGAGUACAAAAAUCAGCUCACGAAGAUAAUACAGAAGCAGAAAGAGUCACUGGCGCAAACAGCAAUAUACUCGCCGCUGAGUCUUAAUAGACUUAACUCGCUGAUGUCAGUGAUGAAAAUGGAAGAGGAGGAAGAUAAGAAGAGCACAGAAACGAGGGGAGGAGAAGGAGCGAGUGAAAAGGAAGGAUUCGGACGAGAGGAGCUGUACGACGAGCUGGAGAAGGAGCAGGAGGAGCUGAAGCUGCUGAAGGAGUCACUUAACCUGAAGAAAAAAAUUGAGGACGUUAUAGAAGAUGAGAAGCUGAUACCAGUGCCAGGACUUAUGUGGCUGCGCCAGAGCAGAAAGACGCCCUCAGAGCCGUUCGGAAACGAAAGAGCAGUCUUCGUGUACGGAGAAAAGAACAUAGCGAAGGUGCUGGAGUGGAGAAGCCAGUGCGCAAGAAGAAGAAAGACGCAAAUCCCGGCGGAAACAGUGUUCGGAGUUAACAUAGGAAAGAGAGUGUGCAGAAACUGCGGACAGCAAGGUCACAUAGCCUCAAACCCGAAGUGCCCACUGUACGCAGGAGACAAGAUGAAGCACGAACAGGCGUACCUGAAGCAGCAGCAGAAGAAGCAGGAGGUGGACCAGGACUCGAGCGACGACGGACUGAUCACGAGCAGGGCAGCAGUGUCGAGGAACACGAAGGAGCACAUCAAGAGUAACAUGGGGGCGCUGAAGAUGGCAGACUCGGACACGGAGGCCUCAGACCUGCACGUCCUCAGCGGAGACUCCUCGACGCAGCUGGGCCUCGACGGAAAGCACAGGAGCACAGGAGCGCUUCCUCAGCUGGCCUCGAAGAGAAGAAGAGGAGGAGAGGAGGCGAAGGACCAGAGCGAGUCCUCGAAGCUGAGCUCAGUGGACCUGAAGAUAAUAGCAAAAAUACUGGCCACAGUAGAGAAGGAGGCGCGCUACAGGCCCUUCGUGGCGAGAGUGCCGGAGGCGAUCGCGCCGAACUACUACGAGCUGAUACAGAGGCCGAUGUGGCUCUCGCUGCUUAAGUCGAGAGUGCGCUCGAAGGACUACGGGUCAGUGGAGGACCUGGUGAAGGACAUCUUCCUGCUCGAAAUCAACUGCAAAACCUACAACUCGGAGCACUCGCAGAACGCGUGGCUGAGAGGAGUGUCGCAAACGCUGGUCGACGACCUGUCAAACAGAAUCAAGAACCACGUGCAAAACAAGGCCCACUGUAAAACGAUCGACAGACUGCUGAGCGAGCACAAAGCAGGGUACAGAGGGUCCAAAAAGACGCAGCUGCAGAGUGCGCAGGGCACGAGUUUAGAGCCGGGUCAGCAGGAAAUGGCGCCAGCGGCGGGACAGCAGGACCAGGCGAAGAACCUCGAGAAGCUUAACGAGCUGGUGAAGUUGGUGGAACAGGGGAAGCCGAUAGAGCUGGAGCACCUGAAGGAGCUGAAGCAGAUGAUGCAGACGACACAGCAGUUACAGCAGUUACACCAGGGUCAGUAUGGACAGCAGUUAAACCAGGGUCAACAGUUACAGAAGGAACAAGGACAGCUCGACACGGGCACGCAGCAGACGCAGAGGACCGACGUGAACGUGAGCAGCAGCACGGGGCAGCAAGGGGUAGGAGCAAUGCCGGGACUGGCGAGUAUGACGGACAUAGGCAACAUAGCCACAAUGGGCUCGAUGGACAGCGCGAGCGGCAGCAUGACGCAGCCAGGCCUCGGAGCCAUGGGAUCAAUGAGUGGCAUGGGACCAAUGGGAAGCAUGGGCUCCAUGGGAAGCAUGGGCUCCAUGGGAAGCAUGAGUGGCAUGAGUCAGACGGGCAUGGGAUCCAUCGAUCCGCUGAACCCAAUGACAGGAGUCAUGAGCACAAUGGUUGGCGUGGGCGCCAUGGCGAACAUGGAAAACCUGAUGAACAUGGGAGAACAGAUGACAAACAUGACGCAGUACACAGGAGCCUAUGGAAACUACAGCGGCCUGAACAUAUUCGACGGAGACAUGGCCCAGUACGAAGCAAAUAUGGGACAGUAUGACUCAAAUAUGGGCGAGUACGCACCAGGAGUGGGCGGCUACGAGGGAACCUACGAGCAGUUCGAAGCAGAGAUGGGCCAGUUUGGAGGAGAAAUGGGCGCAGAGUACGUGAUCAAGGACGAGGAAAUGAUGAAGAUGCAGAUGUCACAGUACGGAGCCAUGGGAGUCAGCGCGGAGGGAAACUACGGAACGGAGGAGGCAACUGCGAGUGGCGCCACGGAAAACGAAGCGGAAGGAGUGCUGGGACCAGAGGAAGUUUUUGAAAAAAAUUCUGAGGAGGGGUUCGAGGAAGUCUUCGACGAAGUUCUUGAAAAGGGCUUUGAGCAGCGAAAAAACGGGGCCGCAGAUAACAGUGUGUCGGCCAGCGCAGCCGACAGCGAAAUGGGCAGCGUGGCCAACGAUCAGGACGACAGCAGUGCAGUGUAG